GAGGAUUGUUGGCAAUCAUGGCUUACGAGGAUUUGAUCCUCACCAGAUAUUUGUAUGGGUUAAAGGAAGACGAAGAACCUUCCUCUCUAGACGAAGUGAAUAACGAUGAGCUCACUCACUGUGGCAGCUUCCUCUUUCAGCUCCUUCUCCUUAACCCGGUUCGCUCACAGUUCAUCCAACAACUCUCUCAUCCCCCCAAAAGUCCUUAAAGUCCCUUUGAAUGCCAACUCCCAAUCUUCGAUUUCCUUCAAAUCUUCAAAUACGCCUUCAAUUUACCGGUUUCCGAGUUUGAAAACCUGCGCAGCUUUAGACGGAAAAGACCCAAAUGGAGCGACCCCAGUUCUGGUUGAGGAAGAGAGUUCCACUUCAAGCAAUAUUGUGAACGAGGAAGUGGAAAAGAGCGUUAAAGUGCUAAAAAAUGCGGCAAAGACAAGAAAGGUACCAGCAGAAGAAGUUUUGUCUGCUUUUUCUGUACUUGAGAAGGCUAAACUUGACCCUUCAAAGUUUUUUAAUACACUUGGUGGAACAAGCUCUCCUGGUAGAACCUGGAUGCUUAUUUUUACUGCUGAGAAAAAAUUGAAAAAGGGUCGCUACUUCCCUGUUACAGCCAUCCAGAGGUUUGAUGCUGCUGGAAAAAGAAUAGAGAAUGGAGUGUUUCUGGGACCUAUUGGAAGCUUAACGUUCGAAGGUAGACUUUCAUGGAAGACAAGAAUACUAGCGUUCAUUUUCGAACGAGUUCGAAUAAAAAUUGGACCUUUAAACCCUUUAGAGAUUAGUCUUGGUCAAAAAGAAGAAAGGGAGCCAAGCACCAAGGAUCCUUGCUUUAUCUGGUUUUAUGUUGAUGAGGAAAUAGCUGUUGCUCGUGGUAGAAGUGGGGGAACUGCAUUUUGGUGCCGGUGUCGCCGUGUCAAUACUUAGUUCUUUUCUCCAUCAGAUAUUUGAUCUUCUGCUUUGUACAUGUCGAAUUUGUAUGCUUGUAUCAAAUUAUCAUGUACCUCGACGCUGUCAUAUUCAAAUGUUCAAUGUGCUAUAUUUAUUAAGAACGUGUACAUCCUUUGAACUACCUUCUCUCAUUUGAAAGUUUGCAAUUGGCAUAGAAACCUUUCGAAUUGGUCUA